AUUACACGUUGGGUCUCAGAUGAAAACAAAGUCAACGUCUGCUGCAUGUUCUGUCUCCGCGCCUCCCUGACUGUGGUCCUCACGUGAUGCUCUGGACCGUAUGUUCUUGGACUGUCAUGCUUGGACAGUAGUGUAUGAUGCAUUUCUACGCGUUUGCGAUCAGUCUAUGUAUCGUCGUCGUUCGAAGCACGAGUGAAUCGUCUACGAAUGAACUGCCAGAUUGCUCCCAGGCUCCGAAACCAAGCGACGCGAGAAAGACGUUCAGCGAAUUAUUCAUUGUGAGCACACUCGAUGGCAAAAUAUCGGCUCUGGAUCCCCAGGCUCAUGGAAAUCUGGUAUGGUCGCAUAAAACGGGCCCAGGAGGCCUUCUGUCUUCAAGCCUCAGUAAACUGGAAAUGCGUAACCGAGGUCAACGAGUGCGUCUUGUUCCAUCAUUGGAUGGCUCCCUGUACAAAUUCGAUGGCGAUACAGUGGAACCACUGCCUAUGUCCGCGGACUUCCUGCUGAAGAGUUCAUAUCGCUUAGGCGAUGAUCUUGUCAUCACAGGUGGCAAAGAGGCUCGCACUUAUGGAAUUAAUAUUCACACUGGUCAGGUACGGUACAUCUGCACAAUGAGUGGCUGUGACAACACUAAGGAAGACUUCAGCACAGAGGACGUCCUAGUAGUGAAGCGCAACACCCAAACUGUCAGGGCUAUUGAGCCACGCUCUGGGCGAGAAAAGUGGAACUUCAGUGUUGGUGAGAACCAGCUCACUGUGUUAAAGGGCUUGAUGGCCAGUUGCACUGGAAGCAGCAGCGAGAGUAGUGACACAGACUCCUAUGUGGUGGAAGAGCCAUCAAAUUGCUCGAGUGAGGAAGGCUGCUCUAAGGAGAGCCUUAUUCAAGUGGUGGUGCCAGAGGGCCUGGUUGCUGCCACCAGUACAAGCAAGGGAUCACUGGAAUGGUCUGUCAAGCUUCCCAGCCCAGUUGUUGGAGCAUGGCAUCUACGAAAUGGAGAGUUGGAAGUAGUUGACCUCUUUGAGCAUAGUCGCAUCCUCGGUCUGGACGGCCCUAACCAAAGCAAACAAAAUAACCCUGUACUCUACCUUGGUAUGCAUGACAGGCAGCUGUAUGUGCAACAUAGUGGCAACAUACACUCUGAAGUUUCUGGAGGAUACUCGCAGUUGAUUGAUCCUCACCGGAGCAACUUGCCACAAGUUGAAUGGAAACCCUAUCUUGCCUCAGCACCAAGCCGGACACCAAUCAUCAACACUGGCAAUAAAGCAGCACCUCCAAUGCUAGAAGAAUCUAGUUCUUCCAGGAAGGCACUCAUGAUUAAAGAUGACAUUCUAGACUACCCUUUUGACACUGGUUACUACCUCUACAGGGGUGUUGAUUUAGAUAACGAUUCAGUGCUAUUGUGUGAGAAAGAGGAAGUGGCUGAAACCUUGAACGAACACAUUGUUAAGUCUUUACGCUUUUGGUGGAAGGAAAUAUCGUUGAUUGUUCUGGCUACUUUCAUGAUCAACAUUUUCAUAACGAAGCACGUGCUGCGACGUUUCAAGCUCAAGCACCUUCAAGAACUGUCUUCCAAGGAAACAAAAAGUAACUCAGGAUCAGAGUCUGCAGUUAUACCUGUACCUGAGCAACCAGUUGGGCAACCUUCUGUGGAUGUUGGCUCUGCUGUGGGAGACUUGCCUAAAUACACUUCCAGGUACCUUGCAGACUUUGAGCCCAUUCGCUGUCUUGGCAAAGGAGGUUUCGGACUUGUUCUUGAGUCACGCAACAAACUGGAUGACUGCACAUAUGCUGUGAAACGCAUCUGCCUCCCAAACAACCCUGAAGCUCGUGACAAGGUGAUGAGGGAGGCAAAAGCACUCGCCAAGUUGGACCACUCGGGCAUUGUGCGAUACUAUAAUGCUUGGCUGGAAAGCCCGCCUCCAGGGUGGCAAGAACACCAGGAUGAUGUGUGGCAAGGAAGCUUUGACGCAUGCACAUCCUUCUCAUAUUCUGAUAAGACCACCACGUCGGCUGCAAAGGACUCUUCCUGGGGGAAUGCCACACACCCUUUCAAUCCGUUGCGGCCUUUUGAGGACCAGUUUUCAUUUGGGGACAUUGGGUACAGCGGUGCAGUGCUGUCUUCUAUGAACUCUUCGUCGAGUGGCAUCACUACUGAUCGCCACACAUCGGAUGAUCGUUCCUUGCGCGUGCCUUUCUCUGCAUAUGCAGCUACUGAUGAAGACGACUCACUGAUUGAAUUUGAGCGCUCCUCCAACAAUGUCAAGGAGAAGUCCAUUUCAAGAUCUGCGAAACCCAAGGAAAAUGGUGAGCGGCCAAAGAGUUUGUCGCUGCCUGAGCAACCACCAGUGAAAGUCUACUUAUACAUUCAGAUGCAGCUAUGCAAGAAAGAAAGCCUGAAGGAAUGGCUGCAUGCUCAUUCCACUGAUCGUGACUAUGAGUCUGUUCUUGACAUAUUCUACCAGAUUGUCAGUGCAGUUGAAUAUGUCCAUGAAAAUGGCUUGAUCCACCGAGAUCUCAAGCCAUCCAACAUCUUUUUUGCCAUGGAUGAUGCCAUCAAAGUGGGAGACUUUGGCCUGGUGACAGCUCUAACAGGUGGCUCAGUGGUUGCAACUCCAUUGAAGGAACCCUCUGAAGAUCUUUUCUCGAGCAAGUCAGGACGCCUGACUGAUCAAGUGGGCACCCAAUUGUACAUGAGUCCAGAGCAGAUUGAUGGCCUCAAGUACAACCAGUCAGUGGAUAUCUUUUCUUUGGGGCUAAUCUUUUUUGAGCUUCUAUGGCCUUUUUCAACUCAAAUGGAGAGAAUACAGGUCCUUAUGAACGUCAAGAGGCUUACUUUUCCACCGAAGUUUGUGAAGACCUAUGCUAAUGAGUGCAAGCUCAUUGAGAAGCUCCUCAGCCAUGACAGUGAGAAGCGGCCAUCUGCUAAAGACAUUCGUCAGCAUCCACUCUUUCGACCAUUCCAGCCAAGCGAUGAAAUCGCCCAUUUGGCAAGGCUUCGUCGCCGCAAUCUUUCUCAUCGUCAGUCAUCGUCUCUAUCUGAGUGAUGGCCCCCCUUCCCUUUUGGCCUCACUCAAUCAUUCCUCAACAUAAUCAUUUGAUACUCUGCGCCUAUUCAUCCAAAUACUUGACUGUUAGUUUUUUCAUGUUUGCAAGAAGCAAAGGUUUUCUAAAUGUCCCAGGCACAGUGACGCACAUCGCAUAUGUCUUGCCAUUCAUACGUUUUUAUUGUUUGAUACCAGCACAAGACAGGUAAAUAAUCCUAUCUCGUGCGCAGCAUUCCUCUUGUAGCAAUAGCAAUUUAUUGUCAGCGUAUCAUUAGACCAGACGAGAACUGCAGGCAUUCACAGCUGUAUGAUGUUAUAUGUCGGAUGUAUGAAAUGCCAGGCCAGUGUGAUAUGCCUGGGCAUUAUUUUUGGCCACAGCAAAUUUAUUGGUGUGUGGAAAUAUUUGAUAUGUAAACGUCAUGAGGUUACCUCAUCAUUGUGUAAAUACCAUUUUUGCGCAUUUUUUGGUUCAUACAGUGAUGAUGGCUGUGCUUUGUUAAUUAUAUAUUUAUAGUUCUGUACAGGUCUGUACAUAUGUAAAUAAACAAUGUAUUGGAAACACUAUAAAA